GAAAAAUCUCGAACGGAUGUCACUUCUCUUCCAUAACAAAUGAAAAAAAAUUGAAGCAGAGCAAGAUCUGGUAGAAAUGAUCAUCAGUAUCGUCGGCUUUCGUCGCCUGUUGUAUAUCACAAUAAUAUGAUCGUGUAUAUACAGUAUCAUAAUUGUAUAGCUAUUUACGUGUUUUUGUCAGAACAUCACGGAAUGUCUGAAUGAUUCAUAUAUUUAAAACUGGCGUUGUUGUUAAAUCGUUGUCAGAAAGAUGUUUCAGAAAAGAAAACUUUUAACGAAACUAAUUCGCGUCCGUCACAUCAAGAUACUCCUAGUAUUUCAAUCCGUCAUCACAACUUUCGCCGUGAUGUACAUCAUGUACACUUCGUCCUAUUUGGAUCAGACCUCGAAAUGGGAAAUUUCAUUAACCGACACGAGAUGUCAAGGCUGCUGUGUUAUGCACAACUCCAGCAUCAAUGCCAUCGUUGCCGAACGUCAUAUCUCGGAGAAGCUCCACAAGUUUUCGCGGGCAAUACGACAGUAUGAAAUUCCGCCUGACAUCAUGAACGUUCUACAUGAGGCUGAGCACCUCAUCGAGCAAUUCGAACGAGACCUGAAAGAGUUUAGGCAACUAAAAGAGAAUCGAAAAACUCUACUGAAAGAGAAGUAUAUUGAACAGGAUGUCGCCGCUGCACAGGAUCUUGUUCCCAAAGCCAGACCAAAGGGCAACAAAGGGCAAAAAAAGACUUGAAUAUUUAGAUCUGAAGCCAACAGAUCUUAUACUAAGCUAUGUUACUAUUUUGCUCUUUACCAAUUUAAGCCCCGUUUACACUACACUCAAAUGGGCUAAAAUGGGUACCCGUGCCCAAUUUAAUUAGUGCUCAGGCUACCAUGUUCCGGGCACGGAUGAAAUAGCCACGGGUACCCAUUUUAACCGUGCCGUGCUAAUAAAUCGAGUGUAGUGUGAACGGGGCUUUAAAGACAUGAAAUCAAUUAAAGAGCUCUUAUAAUAAUAGGAGUCUAGAGAUAAGAAUCUUUAGAUUCUAGAGAUAAGAAUCUAAGAUCUUUAAACUUAAUCUUCACCAGAGCUUUGCAUGGUCAGGUCAAAAUUUUCA